UAUCCAAACAGCAGGACCCACAAAAGCUCAGCACUUUUUCCUCUUUCCUCUUUCCUCUUUCUUUAGGAAUUUGGACAAAAGUUUCUAUCUUUUUUUUCUAUCAGAAGAAAUCCCUAAACCAGCAAAAACAGCAUCCUUUUAUUUCUCUCUCUAUAAUUUGUUCUGUUUAUAGCUCUUUCUGUUGCUCUAUUACUAUUGAUUCCUUGUUUGUUUUCUGCUGAUUUCCCCCCAGAAAGUGCCAACUGAGAUUAAUCUUUUUCCCUGUUGGGGGUUAGUUUCCUUAGGUCGGUUGAGCAGGAAACUUGCUUGUUUCCAAAGAAGAUAUCAUUUUCAAAGAAACUGUCUUUGAAUCUGUCAAAUAGCUGAGGUACUUCUUGCUUAUAAGGUCUUGUUUGGAUUGAUUCUAUUCUAGUCUAAUUUCUUCGCAAGUUUAAUUCUUUUUCCUUUUUCACUUCAGAGGUGGAUUUGAAGUUUGGUGAGCUUAAUUUUUAAUGGGUUGUUUGUGAUUAGUUGAUUAGUGGCAUAUUAUAGGGAUUUUGGUAUUUGGGUAUUUUGAAAGUUGUAUACUUUGUGCUAGAUUUAAGGGUUUUGAUUGAAAGGGGGUUUUGUAAUUCAAUGGGAUAAUUUGUUUCUUGAGAAAGAUUGUGAAUUGGAUUUGAAGAUCAUUCAAGAAUUGGGUCAAAGAAAAUGAAGAGAGUAAAAGAUGAUGAUAAGAUUAUGGGUCCUAUGUUUCCAAGGUUACAUGUGAAUGAUACAGGAAAAGGAGGUCCUAGAGCACCUCCUAGGAAUAAGAUGGCUCUCUAUGAACAACUUAGUAUACCAUCACAGCGGUACAAUUCCGGUUCAAAGCCUCUUAACCAUAAUAAUAGCAAUCAUAGUGCCACUCCUUCUACCUCAACAUUGCAGAAACUGCAGGGUGCAGCCCAUGAACGAAAUAUGUACUUCCCUCUUUAUCGACAACCUUCAACCUCGUCUUAUGAUGAGGUGCAAGUAAGCCGCCCUGAGUCUGCGGAUAUGAGUAAUCAAAUGCCACUUGGGGAGAAUCAAAAACAGCCACCGGAAGACGAUGAUUUUAUGGUCCCUAUUUUUUCUCAACAAGAGACGAUGCCAUGUAAUGGGAAAAAUCAGCCUAGUAUGCACGAAGAAAGACGCAAUGAUCUAGGUUCAUCAAAUUCAGCAGCGCUUCAAAGGGCGGGUGGAAAAGAAACUGGCACGGGCAAUACUGGAGACUUCAUCUCAAAGCAGCAACUAAAAAAUCCGGGGAAAAGAAGUUCAAGAGUGUCCGAUGCUUCUACAAGAUACUCGUAUGAUGUAUUCAUGAGGGAGAAGGAUGACAGACCUUGGAGAAAAGAUACUUGUACUCAAAGUAGAUAUCAGGACAAGUACAUGAUGAGCAGUUUAGAGAACACGGGCGCCAUCUUGCGACCGGAGCAUGACGACGAUUUAUCUGCUAUGGAUGCUACAAAUGGUGUAGCUGUUUUAAAGCGACCAUUGGAUUACUCUCUUGAACAAACCUCUUUGAGGCUGAGUGAUAAUCCUCGUGUAGGAUGUCGCUAUGUGGGAGAUGAUAAAACUGACGAUGAUCUGCAGAGGUUAGAGAAAUAUCAAUCUCCGGAGAAAGGAAACAUGGAUCAAAUGGAUAAUGUCUCUGAAACCUCCAUGGUGGAUACUGUAUCUGGAUUCGACAUAACUCCUGAUAAUGUUGUUCGGAUGAUAGGUCGCAAGCAUUUCUGGAAAGCUAGAACUGCUAUUGCCAACCAUCAAAGAGUAAUUGCUGUUCAAAUGUUCGAAUUGCACAGAUUAAUAAAGGUGCAAAAACUUAUUGCGGAGUCCCCAGAAUUGCUACUGGGUAGUGCUUUUGUUGGUAAAUCUUCUUUGAAUGGGUCGACUUUAGAGAAAUAUUCUUCCGAGUAUGCACCAAAAGCUCUCGGCCAUAAGAGUGCGCCGAAGGAUGGUUGCCAAAAGAUAACUGAUAAGGUGGAAGGUACGGCCGAAAAUGCAGUGACUAAGUCACCUCCGAUUCCACCACAACAUGCUAUUCAAGCUGCGCUCUACCGGCCUUCCUCAGUCAAUACAAAUCCGUCUUUUCCGCCUGUCAAAAUGGAUCCAAAAAUGAACCCGUGGGGCUUCCACCAACCAGGUCCACAUCAAUGGUUGAUGCCCGUAAUGUCCCCCUCUGAAGGUCUUGUAUACAAGCCAUAUCCUGCACCUCCUGUAUAUAUGGGCCCCAUGUGUGGAGAUUAUGGUCCUGUCGGCCCAACGCCAGUUAUGAAUCCGGCUUAUGGAAUGCCAAAUCCACACUAUCCAGGCAUAGUAAUGCCACCGGGAAUGCAUUAUGGUGGACAGGGCUAUUUUCCUCCAUAUGGAAUGCCUAUGCCUAUAAUGAGCCCAAGUGUAUCAGGUUCAACUGUGGAGCAACUGAAUCCAUUUUCGGCCCCAAAUGCAUUUGGUCAGACGGGUCAGCCCGCGGGUACUAGUGUCAAAUUUGGCAGCAUGAAACAUCAAGGCUCAUUGAAUAUGCCUAGUCAAAACAACGGAACAAAAGCACCUGCAGCGAGAUCUCAGCCCCCAAAAGAACGUGAGCUGCAAGGAAGCACAGCGAGUAGCCCGAGUCAGAGAACUCAGGAAACGGGCACUGCUCAGCUCAUGGAAGGGAGAGAUACCCUUUCUCUUUUCCCUGCAGCGCCUACCGAACAAAUCUCCACGGGCUUUCCAACCGAAAAUCCAACUAGGGUUAUUAAGGUUGUUCCACAUAAGCCCGGAUCUACAAGGGAAUCAGCAGCCCGUAUUUUCCAGUCGAUACAAGAAGAAAGAAGGCAUUUCGAGUAUAAUUAACUCACCAAACCGGGAUUGAUGAUUCUCGACUAAUUUAAUCAUCUUAAUUUGUGAGUUCGACUUAACUGUUUUUUUUGUAUAACAAUACAUGUAAAAUUCUUGUAUGUUGUAUCCUCUGAUCUUGAUAUGGGAUUACUCGUGUAGAUAUGUAUUACUUUGAAAUAGUUCCUUGGAAAUUCUGUUUCCGUUUCA